AUGACGGACCUUACGCCUAUCUUCAACGAGCUUCUUAAGAGCCAUAAUGCUCCACCAACUGCGGAUCCCUCUUUGACUCUCCAGAGUAUCGAUGGAUUCUUAAAGGAAGCAUACCGGAUAAACGCGCAUAUAGCCUCUCUCAAUUCCUACCUCCGAGAAAUACGACAAUCCUACCUUUCUACAGCGGCUCCCCCCAGGCGCACAAACUCCAAAGACCGACAAUGGAAAUACAUGACGGAUCGUCAGCGGGAGGAAGUUGACGCCCAGACAAAACAAUUACUACGAGAGCUGAACGCUGGAAUCCGGAAUUUGGCAGAUGCAGAACAGCUACGACAGAACACCGAGACAACUCUCACGCGCAAGAAAUAUGCACGAUUAGGAUUAGGAGCUUUGGGGAGUUGGGCGGCUGGCGGGGCUGCACAAUCAAAGUCAUACGAGCAAGAGCUGGAAGAGUCAAGGGCAAAUGCCAUUAGUGGGCAUCGAGAGAGCGUGUUAUGGUAUCUACGGCAGAAGCUACAGGAGUGCGGGAGCUUCCAAGCAUCGAUGAUGGAGAAAAGGAUAUUGCGGGAGGUGGAAAAGAAUAGGGGUGUAUUGGCAAAUGCUAGGCCAGGUGCUAUGCCAGAUUUUGGUGGGUUUGAAGAUGCGCCAGUACCUCCUUCGAAAUACAAGGGGAGUAGCUCGGCCCAUUUAGAGACGCAAGCGCACCAGCCAGAGGAGUUGAGUCCGGAGCAGAUUCAGAUGUUUGAGAAGCAGAAUCAGGAUAUGCUGAAGCAUUACGAGAGCACUUUGGAUCAAGUCAGGACGGCGGAAAAGUCUUUGGUCGAAAUAUCAGAGCUGCAGACGCAACUGGUGAACAAUCUUGCAGUACAAUCCGCGCAUAUCGACCAACUGGUAUCAGAUUCAUUUUUUACAGCAGAGAAUGUUGGGGGUGGAAAUAAACAACUGAAGAAAGCUGCGGAGCGAAAGUCGACGGCCAAGUACGUCUUCUAUGCAUCCUGCUCAUUUAGUCUCUUUUUGGUGGCAUGGGAUCUGGUGUUCUGA